AUGAAGAAGUUAGAAUAGGUGAAUACAUAUCUCCACAAAUUCGAUGAAACUAUUCUAAAAUUACUUAAGGAAUCAAAUAUAAAUACUAUAAAAAGAACACUACCGAAAUCCAUAGCCAACUCAGAAUAACCUACGAAAUAGUAAGAGGAAAUUAUUAACAAUAUUCAAUAUACACCUGUUUCGAAUCUGGAGAAUUCUCAUUUAAAAAAGUCUGAUAUUAUAGAAAAUGCCAACUCCUAUAGAAUCUUUAGAAGCAGACAAUAAAUAAAAACAUAAACUUUUGAAAAGAAUCAGCCAUAACAAUAAUCUAUUGUUGUUAACAGUCCAAUAAAUUCAGGAGUGUCAUCGCCAAAUCAAGCAAGUUCCUCUAUUAAUAUCGUCGAAAGACUAAAAACUAUUGAAUAGCAUUAUGGAAAUAAAAUCAAGAUAUUGGAAGAAGAAAACACUCAAUUAAGAAAAACCUCUUAAAAUGAUAAAGUCUAAAUAUAAUCAUUAGAGUCGCAAGUGUAAAGAUUAGAGACUGAUCUAAAGGAAUAAUAAAAAUUAUUUCAAGAAAUUCUCUCAAAGUAGUUAAAUGAUUAAAAACAAUAAAUGUAAUUUGAAUUGGAAGAAUAGGAAACUAGAUUAAAAAGAUAAUUUGAAAGAUAAAUAACAAGAAAGGAUUAAAAAAUUGUAGAAUUAGAACAAUGGUAAUAAAAGAAAAAAUCACAUCAUACUGAUAGUAAUAAUACAAAUUUGCUAUUUACAUUCAAAACACAUGAUCAUUGAAUUACUUAUAAUUAGUUAUUUUUAGAUCUAUUUGGAGA